AGCGCGGAUCUUCUUCCUUCCCUCACAUACGGCGUACACGCCACUACACCAUUAUUCUACCAAGUAGUAUUCGAGAUGUUGGAAGCAUUCGAGAUUUUGACUACCUCCGGAGUAGUGUUAUGGUCGAGAUCGUACGCUCCAGUAGGCGCCCACAUUGUCAACAGCCUUAUCAAUGAUGUCUUUAUCGAAGAGAAAGUCCAAAUUCAAGCGGCGAAUGCGACCUCUCCAGCGUACAAGAAGGAGAAAUACACAUUGAAGUGGAAGAGAGUGAAGGAGUUUGAUCUAAUAUUUGUGGCUGUUUAUCAAUCACUCCUGCAUCUCGGUUGGAUCGACAAACUUCUUGACAAUAUCUCGACUUUAUUCGUCGAUAUCUACAAAGACCAGCUGCGAAGUACACGCGCAAGGGUGGUCGAGUAUCCUUUCGAGAGAUACUUCGAACAACAAGUUAGGGAGCUUGAGGACAACUGGGUGCCAAUCAAUUCGGACGCUUCCGUGACAGGUGCGGAACACAAGAAAGACCCGCUUGUCUCCUCAGAACAUGGUGGCCCGCCCCCGCCAUCUGUGCCCGGUCUUCUCCAUGCGCAGCGGCAAGCUGCGUCGGGCGUGGUGACCUCUGAUGAGGGUACGCCGCCCCAAACCCCAGAGACUUCUCGAUCAUCAACGCCAGUCACGAGUCAGAUCCUGACCACUAAAGGAGGACCUGGUAACCGGGUAUCUCGCCGUGCGCGAAAAGCGGCCAACGCAAGCGCAAACGUUUCGUCGGGGGAUGAGAACAUUCGCAAGGGAAAGAUAGCUAAGGGAGGAAAGAAGAUGCGGAAGUGGGAUGCUGAUGGACUUGCCGAUGAGGAUGACGGUGUGAUUCUGGAUUAUUCUGCACCUGCGGAUGGUGAAGAGACCUUAGCCCCAGCUGUGGAAGUUGUUGCCCAGGACUCUUGGGGUCACAGAACUGGGAAGGGGCAGUUUGUCCUGAAAGACUUGGGGGAUGAAGUCCACUCUAUACUCGAGAAUGCGGACAGUGGAAAAGCGAAGAGUGUGUCCACGGGAAUCGUUGGUUCGGGAUUCAACGCCAUCGGUGGCCUUUUCCGCAAUAUCGUGGGUGGGAAGGUUUUAUCUGAAUCCGAUCUCGAAAAGCCCUUGAAGGCUAUGGAGGAUCAUCUUAUGAAGAAGAAUGUGGCACGUGAGGCAGCAGUCCGUCUGUGUGAUGGUGUGCAACGCGAGCUUGUUGGGAAAAAAACAGGAAACUUCCAGAGUGUGGAUGCUGCAUUGCACCAGGCUAUGGAAUCAUCUUUGCGAAAGAUACUUACUCCUACAUCCUCGUUGGAUCUGCUGCGUGAGAUCGAUGCUGUCAUCUCUCCCACAAGCAAACAACAACAACAACCCCGCCCUUAUGUGAUCUCUAUAGUCGGAGUUAAUGGCGUGGGGAAGUCUACCAACUUGGGCAAGAUAUGCUACUUCUUGUUGCAGAAUAAGUAUCGUGUCUUGAUUGCAGCAUGUGACACGUUUCGCUCCGGCGCGGUGGAGCAACUCCGUGUCCAUGCCCGAAACUUGAAAGAACUCAGUGCUCGAGAAAAUGCUGGCCAGGUCGAACUGUAUGAGAAGGGAUAUGGCAAAGAUGCAGCAAAUGUGGCCAAGGAUGCGGUUGAGUAUGGAGCUGCCAAUAAAUUCGACGUCGUCUUGAUCGAUACUGCUGGUCGCCGUCAUAACGAUCAACGCCUGAUGUCUUCCCUCGAGAAAUUUGGCAAGUUCGCCAAGCCGGACAAGAUCUUCAUGGUUGGAGAAGCCUUAGUUGGCACUGAUAGUGUGAUGCAGGCGCGUAACUUCAACCAGGCUUUCGGCACCGGUAGAAACCUGGAUGGGUUUAUCAUCAGCAAGUGUGAUACUGUCGGGGACAUGGUUGGUACGCUUGUUAGCAUGGUCCACGCCACGGGUAUUCCUAUUGUGUUUUUGGGCGUUGGGCAACAUUAUGGGGAUUUGAGAGGUUUGAGUGUUCCUUGGGCUGUGAACUUGUUGAUGAAGUGAUGAGCAAUGAUUGAUUUUUGUGCUUUGUUUUUCAAGUCAUGUAAUUUCUGUCUAGCCCAUCAGCAUUAAUUUCGUCGCUAUUGAGAUGAUAUAUCCGUAUCAACAUUAGCGGUGACCGCCAACCUUGGUUGCUACCCACGCAACAUUAGGCUAGGGAAUUAGUUUUGACUAAGUUCAUGUCGCCUUGGUGUACAACAAUUGACUAACAUGACCAAAAACUGGGUGAAGAAAG